CUGCGCUCGGCGGCUCGGUGGCUCGGCUAGUGGGGGCUGGAGCGCCCAUCCCGGAAGUGCGCUGGCGGCCGUUGCGGCCUCGUCGUUGCCCCCGCCCGGCGGGGUCGCUGGGCUUCCGCCGCCGCCAUGGCCGACCCCGACCCCCGCUACCCCUGCGCCUCCAUCGAGGAUGACUUCAACUAUGGCAGCUGCGUGGCCUCCGCCAGUGUGCACAUCCGAAUGGCCUUUCUAAGAAAAGUCUACAGCAUCCUUUCUCUGCAAGUUCUCUUAACUUCAGUGACAGCCUCUUUUUUUUUAUACUUUGAGUCUGUACGGACAUUUGUACAUGAAAGUCCUGCCUUAAUUUUGGUGUUUGCUCUUGGAUCUUUGGGUUUGAUUUUUGCAUUGACUGUAAACAGACAUAAGCAUCCCCUUAACCUGUACCUGCUUUUUGGAUUUACACUAUUCGAAGCUCUGACUGUGGCCUUUGUUGUUACUUUCUAUGAUGUCUAUAUUAUCCUGCAAGCGUUUAUACUGACUACUGCUGUAUUUCUUGGUUUGACUGUAUAUACUCUACAAUCUAAGAGAGAUUUCAGCAAAUUUGGAGCAGGACUGUUUGCUGUUUUGUGGAUUUUGUGCUUGUCAGGAAUCUUGAAAUUAUUUUUCUAUAGUCAAACAUUGGAGUUGUUCUUGGCUGCUGUGGGGGCCCUCCUUUUCUGUGGAUUCAUCAUCUAUGACACACAUUCAUUGAUGCAUAGGCUGUCACCUGAAGAGUAUGUAUUAGCUGCCAUCAGCCUUUAUUUGGAUGUCAUCAACCUGUUCCUGCACCUGUUGCGUUUUUUGGAAGCAGUUAAUAAAAAGUGAUUGAAAGCAGUAUAUGGAAACAGAUUCAUUAAGUAAUAAAGUUUGAGAUAUAAUUAACUAUUAAAA